GAUGUUAUAUUAUGCUGUCCAUAAGAACCAUCAUAACAGUUAGCAAAAUAAUAAGAGGGAAACUUGGUGUUUUGUUUUCAUGAUUUAAGCAAAGAGAAAAGUAAAAAGUAAACAUCUUGAAUGAUCUACUGUAUGUUUAGUUGUGUUUUUCUUAAUCACCUACCAUAUUUUGUAGUAACAAAGAUGUAAACAUCCAUCUAAUUUAUUGUUUAUAAUGUCCCCUUUUAACAUGGUAGGUCAAAAACAGAAAACAUAAUUAUUAUCCGGUGCUGGGAAUAAUUCCCCAUAGAUGCAGGACUUAAGACUUUACCACUCUAUCCUAUAUUCAUAAACUCUUUCACAUUCAAGAGUCGGGUCUGAUCCCAAAACCAUGAGAUUGCCUUAAAAAAAUGACAAGAUUAAAAACUUAAAAUAAAAAGUUGUAGAAUAUGCAUUUUUCCCACUUGAUGCUUGCAGCUUUAGGGUUGACAUUUUCAGGCUCAUCUUAGCAAUCACUAGUUUUUUAGGUACUUAGAAGUUAAGAUUUUACUAUAAUCAGAUGAAUUUGAGGACAUCUCCAAAAAACAUUAGGUACUGUGAGAGUGUGUCAAAGUUGUAAGAUCUGAUGGUAUGAUAAUGUCCGUGUAAUCCCUCUCCAGCAGAUAGUCUACAAAAACAUGAGCUAGCUCUUUUAUUUGAUGUUUGCAGUGUGAAUAUCGUAGUGGUUUCUGCUGACUUACGUUUUUAUUUCCCAGAAGUCUGUGCACUUUGCAUGAUGGCAACAAGCAUAAAACGGUUUUAGUUCUAGAGUUCCAUAUUCUGUAUAGCAUCUUCCUAAUUUGUACUUGUGCUCUGAGCAAGCUAAAGCUUUAAAGAAGCAGUAUGCUCAACUGCUAAUAAUAAUUAAUGGGAUUUACCUCUUUUUAAUCACUGCCUCAAAGCCCAACGUUUUUUUUUCCUUUCUGAAACAGACUUACUUAGCCGCUGUUUGAUGGCCAGCAGGUAUUUGGUUCCACAAGGAGUUACCAAUUUUUAAGCAGAUUGUGCUGGAUGAAAUAAUUUAUAAAUGCCUUCAUCGAUUAAUGAUGUUACAUCAACAGCUAGUACUUGUCUUUGGAAUAUCUCUAGCUGGAGAUACAUAUGCAUUUACAAGCUGUUAUUCAGAAGGCCAAAUCUCCCAGUAUUAUUUCUGUAACCUCACAGAUGUUCCACUUGUGCCAAAGGAUACAGUGAAGCUUUUGCUAAGUUUCAACUAUAUCAGACAAGUGAAUGCAACUUCAUUCCCGCUGCUGGAGCACCUGUUGGUGUUGGAAAUGGGAACACAGUAUGUCUUUCCUGUUAUCAUAGGAAAAGCAGCUUUCAGGAACCUUCCAAACCUUCGCGUCUUAGAUUUAGGUUCCAAUAAGAUUCUUCAACUGGAUCUUGAUGCUUUUGUGGACUUGCCGUAUUUGACCGUACUCUGGCUGUACGGCAACAGUCUUGGAGACUCCAUCUUGAUGGAACGCUACUUUCAAGAUUUGAGGUCCUUAGAAGAAUUGGAUCUCUCAGCGAACCAAAUCACAAAACUUCAGCCUCAUCCCUUAUUUUAUAAUCUAACAGUCUUGAAAACUGUGGACCUGAGAUUGAACAAGAUAACUAACCUGUGUGAAAGCAAUCUCACCAGCUUCCAAGGAAAAAAAUUCUCAUUUUUCAGUCUCAAUUCUAAUAACUUGUACUACACCAGUCUAACGCCCUGGGCCAAAUGCCCAAAUCCUUUCAGAAACAUUACGUUGAACACGCUGGACCUUGGUCACAGUGGUUGGAGCACAGAGAUGGUCCAGUAUUUCUGUACAGCCAUAAAAGGGACUCCAAUCAGUUCUUUAAAACUUAGUUUUCAUAUAAUGGGUUCAGGAUUCGGCUUUAAUAACUUAAAAAAUCCGGAUGAAAAUACAUUUACAGGUCUAGCAGGAAGUGAUCUUCAUGUGCUUGAUAUUUCAAAUGGUUACAUUUUCUCUCUCAAUUUUUUAAUAUUUCAAAGCCUUGGUGAUUUGGAACUGCUGAAAAAACUGAACCUUUGCAAAAACAAGAUAAAUCAGAUCCAAAGGCAAGCAUUUUUUGGCUUGGGAAACCUAAAAACUCUCAAUCUCUCAGGUAAUCUUUUAGGUGAGUUGUACGAUUAUACUUUUGAGGGGCUACAUAGUGUAAUGCAUCUUGAUUUACAGCAAAACCAUAUUGGAAUGAUUGGCCAAAAUUCAUUCAGUAGUUUAGUAAAUCUGGAAAUAAUUGAUCUUCGUGACAAUGCCAUUAAAACACUCCCUUCUUUUCCAAAUCUGACCGUUGCCUUUUUAGGUGACAAUAAGCUAAUGUCUGUAGUUGACAGAGCAAUAGCUGCAACAUAUCUCGAUUUAGAAAGAAAUUGGUUGGCAAACCUGGGUGACCUGUAUGUACUUUUCCAAGUUCCAAAUUUACAGUAUAUCUUCUUAAAACAAAAUCGCUUCUCUUACUGUGUGAAAAGAGUUAAUGUUAUAGAAAGCAAUCAGAUAGUCUAUAUAGAUCUAGGAGAAAAUAUGUUACAGCUUGUGUGGGAGAGAGAUUUAUGUUUGGAUGUGUUCAGGGCACUGUCCAAACUUCAGGUUCUACAUCUGAAUAACAACUACCUCAGUUUUCUUCCACGAGAGAUUUUUAGCGGUCUGGCAUCUCUACAAAGACUAAAUCUAGCUUCCAACCUAUUGUCUCAUCUUUCUCCUGGGAUUUUUCCACAAAGCCUAACAAACCUAAACUUGUCUGCAAACCAGCUUUUCUCUCCUCAGCCUGAAAUCUUUAUGACUUUGAGUGUCCUGGAUAUAACACACAAUAAGUAUGUCUGUGAUUGUACUUUAAAGAACCUACUACUGUGGCUAAAUGAAACCAACGUAACCCUGGCGGGCUCACCAUCUGAUAGGUACUGUGUAUAUCCACCUGCUUUUGCAGGGGUAUCCCUGUCUUCUCUGCUAUAUGAUGGUUGCGAUGAAGAUGAACUGCAGCAGUCUCUCAGGUUCUCAGUAUUCAUCUUCACCUCUGUCACCUUGGCAAUGUUUCUGAUGGCAGUCAUCAUUUUUACUCGCUGUCGGGGGAUUUGUUUUGUCUGGUAUAAAACUGUCACAAGAACUUUGAUAGACAGCCAUCAACAAGCAGCUGAUACAAGUGAGUACAGAUAUGAUGCAUAUUUGUGCUACAGCAAAAAUGACUUUGAAUGGGUCCAGCAUGCUUUACUUAAACGUCUGGAUUCACACUAUGUUGACAAAAACAGAUUAACUUUGUGUUUUGAGGAAAGAGAUUUCUUGCCUGGGGAAGAACAUAUCAACAAUAUUCGUGAUGCCAUUUGGAACAGCAGGAAAACAGUCUGCAUUGUGACAAGGCAGUUUCUCAAAGAUGGGUGGUGUGUGGAAGCCUUUAAUUUUGCUCAGAGCAGAUACUUUUGUGAUCUGAAAGAUGUCCUCAUAAUGGUAGUGGUUGGAUCACUUUCUCAUUAUCAACUGAUAAAACACAAGCCAAUUCGAAUCUUUUUACAAAGGAGUCGGUAUUUGCGGUGGCCUGAAGACUAUCAAGAUGUAGAUUGGUUUUUAAAUAACCUUUCUUGCCAAAUUCUGAAAGAGAAAAAAGUGCGCAGGAAAGCCAGUGGUACAGAGCUGCAGACUGUAGCAACACUCUCACGCUGAUACUGUCUGUGUUGCUGCCUUUCUAAAAGUAGCCUAUUUCCAGCUGUGCUAGGGGAGGAAGAAACGAGUUUUGCUUCAGCUUUCCUCGCAAAAGCAGGUAGAAAUACAACUAUUUCAGUUUAUAACUUACUAAACACAGAAGCAACUUGAAAGAAACCUGCAAAUAUAAGAAAGUGCAAUUAUUUUAUGGACUAUGACACACAUUUUCAGAAAAACUAAAUGAAUCAUGGAUGCCUUGCCUUUUGGAUUUCGCAGCCUGAGAAACUUCUGAUUUUGAUUUUUUUUGAUUUUGAUUUUUUUGAUUUUGAAACGUCUGAAUUCUGAUUUUUCAGAGGGCUGCAUACCUGCAGGUCUCUGUUUCAGUGGGCGGAGGGUGCCCAUGUUUGUUUGGUUGGUUUUUUUUCUUAAAAGAGCCCAUGGUAGUCUGUGGGAGACACCCAAAUAUGCUUUCAUGUAUGGCCUAGCCUGAUCACCAACCAGUUCACUGAUUACUUGCUCCUGUGCUUUCUGACCUCUGUAACUUUUCAUGCCCCAUUUCAAAGGCACAUCAGUGUUUCCCCAGCUUUACCCUUGAAAUUGCUUGAACACAGGUUUAUUUGCAUCCCCCCCCUCCCCCCAUCUAGCCUAAACUUCUCAACUGGAAUAGCCAGCAUUUGAACUUUAUGCAUCUCAGUCCCAUCUGGGAGUUCUGUGCUUGGUGGUUAAAAACAGCAGUCAGCGGGCUGCUUCUUUUGCUGCUGUUCUCAGGGAUUUUUCUUCAGGUGAGCUGCCUCCUGCCCUGCAGAGAGGAAGGAGCAGCCCCUUCCCAAGCUGUCCUGCAUGCAGUGCGCUGCCAGCUCUCGCAGGACGCAGCAACCACAUGGCGCAGGCAGGACCGGCCCCACAGGACUCCAGCCCCAAGUGAGAAAGGUGAGCACCAAACUACCUCAGCAGCCGCAAGGGCUGCACACCAGUGACACAGUCAGUAGCCCAGCAGCUGCCAGAUGGCCUUUGCCCUGUGGGAGGGGAAAGUGCAGGCAACAACUGUAUAAUUUGGGUUGUUCGCUGCACGGCCUGUGUCCUAAGUUUUUUUUCUGCUCCUAUUGAAAUAGUUUUCUAGCAUCAUUGGCACCUGGUGCCUUACCUGCUCUCUAAAAUUUGUGCCACUGUUUUGUCCAGGUGUGUAUCCAGGGAUUUGAUCAGGGUCAUUUUAAUAAAAGUGUGCACUGUUAUAAAACCUGCACCCUUUGUUUUGUCUGUGAUGUAUUCCUUGAGUGAACUGGUCAUGUGAUUUUAUACAUUUAUUCAGCAGAAGCAUACAAAAUGAUUUCAAUAUGGGCUGAGUAAGUUUUUCAAUAUAGUAAAAAAAAAGCAAGCAGGGAUGGACUGUGAUAUAUAAACUGGUUAUCUAGACCUUAGCUGCCUACAAAUAUUACCCCUUCAACUAGUGCGAUAAAGUAUAAUCCACUUCAUGUAAAUGCAGUCGUUUGAAUAGCGAUGUGCCUGUGGCUGAUCUAAUGUACUCUAAAUGUACCAGUACUUACGAUUUAUGUUGCUAUAACUACUACAGUAAAAUAUUACUUCCUUGUCAAUCAGUGUAG